CCACAGAACACAGUCCAAUUUGGCGAGGAUGGCUUAUCCAAGCAGGUCUACGAACGCGAGUCUCAAGCUCGUGCACAGAUAAGCCAACUUGAAGCCGAAGUCGACAGAUUGGUCAGAGAGAAGGAGCAGCUGCGCGAGGAAGCCUGGAUUCGCGAGCGUCGGGUAGUUCAUGCCUCGAAGAGACAGGCAACUCAAUCCAAUCAGCAUGUGGCCAGCCUUGAAAACCGAAUCAGCGAUCAGCAGUUCAGACUAUCAGAAUCUGCUCGAGCGCUUGCUGCACAAAAGGAAAAAAGCGCGAAACUGGAAGCUAUGGUGAUUGCUAGGCAGGAGUUAGCUCUCCAAGCUCUAAACGCAAAGAAGGGACCAACUCCGAUGGAAGACCAUGAUGUUCGGCGCGCUCUGCGGAAGCUACAUAUGGCCAUACGCUCGUGGGCCAAAACCUAUGCUGUAUCCGACGUAUCCGAUUUAGAAGGUAUACCAGCAUCGAAACUUGAUUUGCUUGUGAAGGAGCUGGGGUCAUACUGCAGCGAGACCACGUGGACUUCUUUAAACGAGAAGCUGUCUAUCCCUGUCAACAGAGUCCCGGACAUUCUCGUACAAGCUGCCUUGUCCAGCGUCGUAUUUGAAUGGAUCUUUGAGGACCCUUUUUUUCUUUUCCAAGCCAUGGCAAUCAAUGGUUCCUUCUCCCUGAGCAACGAUUUGGGAAGCAUUUAUCAUCACAUGAAGCAAGGCAACAGGAACCUAGCGGACCAAUUCAUACAGAGCGCUACAGGCGCGUUGCUAAAGGAACUUGAAAGUAGAGAAACUCUCGACCAUCGAGUCAAAGAGCUUGAAGCUCUCCUUUCUGAAGCUGCUGGUCUGGCUCUGUCUCUAUGGACUCAACGUACGGAUAUGGAUUGCUACAGCCUUUACGAGUUUCCACAGUUUUGUAACGGGGAUCCAAUGGUUGAAGCGCAUCGCCUCCAUCAUCUUGAUAACGGGGAUGCGCGUCUAGAUGGUGCCGAUAAUGUGCUCGUUGUUUUCCCUGCUGUCGUGGCAUUUGGGUCUGUACACGGUGAGCAUUACGACCAGUCAAUGGUGUGGGCAGCAGCAACUGUGUUGGUC